AUACCCAGGUCUUCUUCAGGCGCGGUCGUCACCAUUAUAGUCGUCCGCGAAAUAUUUGAGUUACAAACUGAGAUUUUAAAAAUAAAGUAUACGUGCGACAUAAAUUACAAUUUUUUUUUUUUAAAGGAUUGAUUGAGAUAAAAUCCAUAAUAAAAUGUGGAAAAUACGUGAAAUCCAAGACAAAGUCACUAAUGUUGUGAUGAACUACACAGAAGUUGAAACAAAAGUUCGCGAAGCCACAAAUGAUGAUCAAUGGGGACCACAUGGAACAAUAAUGAAUGAAUUAGCAAAAUUUACAUAUACUUAUGAACAUUUUCCAGAAGUUAUGGGGAUGUUAUGGAAAAGAUUGUUGUUGGAGCAAAAAUAUUGGAGGAGAGUGUACAAGUCUCUUUUAUUAUUGCGUUAUUUAAUAACCAAUGGGUCAGAGCGUGUUGUUACAAGUGCUCGUGAUCAUUUGUUUGAUAUGCGUCAACUUGAGUCCUAUCAACAUAUUGACGAGUUAGGCAAAGAUCAAGGAUUAAAUAUCCGCCACAAGGUUAAAGAGAUAAUAGACCUAAUCCAAGAUGAUGCCCGUCUCCGAGAUGAACGUAAACGUUCUAAAGUGAAUAAAGAUAAGUAUGUUGGUAUGUCAUCGAAUGUGAUAGAAGACAGCUUUUAUAGUAAGUAUGGUGAUAAAUACAGUCGGGAUAUGAAUACUUCUCAAAGUCGAAUUGAGUAUGAUGAUGACUUCAAUAGAAAAACAACAUUUCAACAGAUUAAAGACACUAUUGAAUCUAUUCGACCUGGUAAAAGAGAUUAUAGUGAAUAUAACACUAAACCUAGCAGACAAAAUGUUUACCAAGAUGAGCCUGAAGUAGAGGAAGCUACAGAAGAUUACAAAUCUGGAGAUGAAGAUUCUUAUCAAUUUAAAAUACCACGUGAAAAUAGUAUAUCAAAUAAAGAAGAAGCUCAACCAUCUCAACGUAAAUCCACAACACCUAAAAAAAUUAUAGAUCUUGGCGCUUCUGCAAAUUUAGGUGCUUCUCAAACUAAAGUGAUGCAAGUCAUUUCUAAUGAUGAAGAUAAAGAAUUUUCUAACUUUAAUUCUGCACCAAUUUCUACUGUUGCAGCUGCUGCUGUUCCAGUUAAGCCAUCUGUGUUCGAUGACCUUGCUGACGUUUUAACCGCACCACUAUCGUAUCCAGCUCUCACUCCUAUGAAUGCAAUUUCAAACGAACCUCAAGGCGAUCUGUUUGGUGAUUUCUCUUUAUCAUCUCAGAACACUAAUAUUAACUCUAAUGAUUUUGCAAAUUUUAAUUCGUUUGAUUCAUUCAACCAACCAACCGUUAACUCUGGCGCUAGUUUUGGACAAUUUGAAACAAAUUAUAACAAUCAGACUAUUCCUAUGAUGCCUCAAACUCAUCAAACCUUUAGCACACAUUCGAUGCCGCAAAAUAAUUACUACUCGCCACAACAUCAGUUAAACAUAAUGACGCCAUCUGUAAUGCAACAAACAGCUUUUAUUGGUCAAACAAAUACUAUGCAACCUAACUAUCAAGCAUCUCCAUUUAGCAAUUCGCCUAACACGGUUUCUGCGACAUCGCCUCUUUCGCAUCAAUCUAAUGUUAAUUCCGAUAAAAAAAAUCUUUGGUCUAAUUCUGGUGGAGUUGAUAUAAGCUUAGAUUAUUUAAAACCUGGCGUAACUCGACCGAAAGCACCUCUUCCAAGCAUGAAUCAAAUGUCAAAUAACUAUUCGGUUGGUCAACAACAGCCAGGAAUCAAUUGGUUAGGAGGCCAAUCGAAUAUUCAACAACAAAACUUAAUGAUGAAUAAUAACAUGUCUAAUUUAGGUAUGCAUUCUUCUACCGUGCGAAUGCAGAAUAUGUCGCCUGUUCGUUCAAAUAUAGGUAUGUCAACAAAUAUGGGUAUGCCAACAAAUAUGGGUAUGUCGAUUCCAACACAUAUGGGGCAAAAUAAAAUGGUACAACCAAUCGGAAUGCAGAUAAACAUGCAGCCUACGAGUCAACAAAUUAACUUUGCGCAAUUCAAAGCUAGUUGAUUUUUGUCAUAAACAAAAUUUCCCAAAACGAACCACUAACAUAAUGAAUACUUAUAAACGAAUCUCCACAAGGUGCAAAAAAAGCAUUCGCGCGUCUUCAAAAUAUUACCGUUAACUGUUAAUUAAAUACAAUAUUUUGAAAUGCUAAUGCAUAUUUUUGCGUCUAUCAGAGAUUCGCGUUAGUGAAUUUUCUAUCGAGACACAUUUUAACCCUGAAUAUUUGCAUGCAAAAAAUAUCCAUUGCUUUUUGCGCUCUUACGAAGUUCCAGAUUUCUUAUGUUACAACGUAAAAUUUGGAGAUUUGAUUUGCUGAAAAUUUCUUUACUUUUAUAUAAUUUUUUAUAAAUUAAAUUUCCCUAGUACUGAAAUAAUUUUUUUGUUACUGUAACUAUUAUUUACAUGUUGCAUUUAUUUUUCAACGUUUUGUAUGUACAUAUGAGUAUUUUCUCAGUUGUAUAAAUUAGGGUUUCACAUUUAAAAUGGCUACACAUUUCGAUAAA